CCCCCCCCCCCCCCCCCCCCCCCCGCGGUUCCAGGAAGCCCGGCCGGAGAACUCUUCCCCACCUCGCCGCCAACACUUCCCGCCUCCCUCUCCGGUCUGAAACCUCUUCCUGCUCCAGUGAGUCCCCCUGCCCCGGGAGCUCCCCUCCACCUCCGGGCUCGGGGAGCCUUAGCCUCGUGACCUCCUUCCCCUCCCCCCAACUCGCGCAGCCCGGGAAGCCUCUCCCCCUCCCCCCACCCGUAGCUCGCCCCGCCCCGGAAGCUCCCGCUGACCCCGCCCAGGCCCGGGGAUGGGGCGUCCUGUUGUCGCGCGUUCCUGUAGGGCUUGGCCGACCCGAGACUGUCGGAUCGCCCGGUGAAGGCCGAGCGAACCCCUUCACCUUGUCCCGGUGCCUCCGCCAGAGCCUGGUGUCCGGGACCCAUACCGCGCUUCCCGCCGAAAUCGCUCAGACGCGCCCCUGCCGGCCCGCGGUUUUGAGAGCGCACUUUCAAGCCUCGUUUGAAGCGUUUCUCCACAGCCAGUUGAGUUUCAGUUUCAGGUUAAUAACAAAAGGAGAUGCACCUGGUCUUUCCCCGGAAUCCUCUGCGUUUUUAAGCGUCGGGUGGAAUUGGGGGUCUUUUGGCUGUGAACCGCGCUUGCUUCAUGAAGAUAGAAAUCGGUCCUGCUCCUUUCAGCGGACAGUUCGUUACCUGCCUGGAGUGUCUUCGACUGUGGGCAUCCCCCGCUGUUCUUUAAGCCACAAAAAGCUGCAUCCAAGUUUGUUUGACGUCUGCUCUGUCAAGUGUCCAUGAUGUUGGGCCCCGAGGGAGGUGAAGGCUUUGUAGUCAAGCUCCGUGGCCUGCCCUGGUCCUGCUCUGUUGAGGAUGUGCAGAAUUUCCUCUCCGACUGCACAAUUCAUGAUGGGGUUGCAGGCGUUCACUUUAUCUACACUAGAGAAGGCAGGCAGAGUGGUGAGGCUUUUGUUGAACUUGAAUCAGAAGAUGAUGUAAAAAUGGCCCUUAAAAAAGACAGGGAAAGCAUGGGACAUCGGUACAUUGAGGUGUUCAAGUCCCACAGAACCGAGAUGGAUUGGGUGUUGAAGCACAGUGGUCCAAACAGUGCUGACACCGCCAAUGAUGGUUUCGUGCGACUUCGAGGACUCCCGUUUGGAUGCACCAAGGAAGAAAUCAUUCAGUUCUUCUCAGGGUUGGAAAUCGUGCCAAACGGGAUCACAUUGCCUGUGGACCCCGAGGGCAAGAUUACAGGGGAAGCCUUUGUGCAGUUUGCCUCACAGGAGUUAGCUGAGAAGGCUCUAGGGAAGCACAAGGAGAGAAUAGGGCACAGGUAUAUUGAGGUGUUCAAGAGCAGUCAGGAAGAAGUUAGGUCAUACUCGGAUCCCCCUCUGAAGUUCAUGUCAGUGCAGCGGCCGGGGCCCUAUGACCGGCCUGGCACAGCCAGGAGGUAUAUCGGCAUUGUCAAGCAAGCAGGCCUGGAGAGGAUGAGGUCUGGUGCCUACAGUGCUGCAGGCUAUGGGGGCUAUGAGGAGUACAGUGGCCUCAGCGAUGGCUACGGCUUCACCACCGACCUGUUUGGAAGAGACCUCAGUUACUGUCUCUCUGGGAUGUAUGACCAAAGGUAUGGAGAUGGCGAGUUCACUGUCCAGAGCACCACUGGACACUGUGUCCACAUGAGAGGGCUGCCCUACAAAGCCACGGAGAACGACAUUUACAACUUCUUCUCUCCACUCAACCCAGUGAGAGUCCAUAUUGAGAUUGGCCCUGAUGGAAGAGUGACCGGUGAAGCUGAUGUCGAAUUUGCCACUCACGAAGAAGCUGUGGCGGCCAUGUCCAAAGACAGGGCUAACAUGCAGCACAGAUACAUAGAACUUUUCUUGAAUUCCACGACAGGGUCCAGCAACGGGGCAUAUAGCAGCCAGAUGAUGCAAGGCAUAGGGGUGUCAACCCCGUCCACUUACAGUGGCCUUGAGAGCCAAUCCGUGAGUGGCUGUUAUGGGGCGGCGGCUAGCUAUGGUGGCCAGAACAGCAUGAGUGGAUAUGACUAGUUUUGUAGUAGCUUUUGAGUUAUUUCAUCAGAUUUUCACAGGCAGCCAACAAGCAGUGAAAAGCAGUUAUUACUCUAGAGGAAGCUGUGGGACCCAUUUUGCACCAUGAGUUUGUAAAAUCUGGAUUAAAAAAUUACCUCUUCAGUGUUUUCUCAUGCAAACUUUCUUCUAGCAUGUUAUAUUGAGUAAACUAAAACCAUUUUCAGCUUUUCUCAACAUUUUGGUAGUGUACUUUCUGGAGUGAUGUUAUCUGAGUUAAAGUAGUUUUAAGUACGUUAAAUGUGGAUCUUUUACACCACAUCAUCGUGAACACAUUGGGGAGGUGUGCUUUUUUGGAAAACUCAAGGUGCUAGAUCCCUAAUUCAAAGAGGAACAUUUCUCAUGUUUGUUCAUUCUAGUUUAUUUUCAUUUAAAAUCUUUUAGGUUAAGUUUAAGCUUUAUAAAGUUAGUUUUGAAAAUUGAGACACAUUACUAAUACUGUAGGAAUUGGUGAGGCCUUGACUUAAAACUUUCUUUGUACUGUGAUUUCCUUUUGGGUGUAUUUUGCUAAGUGAAACUUGUUAAAUUUUUUUUGUUGACUAAAUUUUUUUCUUAAAAUAAAAAGACUUUUUCACAAUGA